CACAGCUAUACUUCAAGUAUUCAUCUAUUUAAACUGGGCACAGACCAUCCUGUGCCUCCCAGUAUAUUUCCUAACAUCUGAAGGAGGAAACAACAAUGGCGCCUUCGGUUCUGCAGAACGGUGGAUUCAUUCUGGGUUUGGUCGGUGCAGCAGCCCUCAUCGCUGCUACUGCCAUGAACAAAUGGAGUGUCAAGGACAGGCAGGGGGACGUGGUGACGUCUGUUUACACCUACAAGGGUCUGUGGCAGGACUGUGAGACCGCUUCGUCAGGGUUCACCGAGUGUCGCCCGCUCUACGGCCUCCUGGGCUUCUCAGGUGCUUUCCAGGCCGUGCGAGCCCUGAUGAUCGUGGGCGUGGUGUUAGGCGUCCUCGCGGCGGUGAUAUCCGUUUUCUCCCUGACCUGCCUCACGAUGAACAGCAUGCCAGACACCACCAAGGCCAAGAUGAGCCUCACCGCAGGCAUCAUGUUCAUCAUCGCCGGUGUGUGUGGCAUCGCAGGAGCUUCUAUCUACGGCAAUCAGAUUGUGGCCAGUUUCAGGAUGUCCACCAACUAUGGAGGAGGAGGAUACGGAGACAACAUGGGUGGAGGGAUGGGAGGAGGGAUGGGAGGAGGGAUAGGAGGAGGAGCGAUACCCAGAUACACAUUUGGCCCUGCUCUGUUUGUAGCCUGGAUAGGAGGAGGCAUCCUGCUGAUAGGUGGCAUCCUGAAGUCACUGGCUUUCAGGGAGAUGGUGAAAGAUGAGAAACCACAUUACCCGGGUGUCGCUUACAAACCUCAGCCCCGCACCAAAGCCGACCUCGGUGAUCACCAUUCAGAGAGCGGCAAGAAAGACUAUGUGUAACUCCAACAUUAGUGUUUACCAACCGUGUGCUUUUAGCUGUUCCCGUGCAGCAUGCUUUGUAUGUUUUUUUAGUUGCCUCACAUUCAAUUCUACGUAUUUACUAUCUGAUAACGGGAAGUCAAUGAUGUCUCACAUUGUAACAGCAGUCCAACAUGUGGAAGAAGAAGUUUAAAGUUGUGGCCAAAUAUGUAGUUUUCACAUGCACAUCUCCGUGGUUACUGGAUAUUUAUAAAUGCUGUAUGUAAUUGAAACUUUUUUUUUUACUUGAGCUGUGUUAAAUCAUUUUAUUUUUAUGUUAAUAAAACACUGAUUUGUGAAAUAUGUGGUUUGAAUUUCUCCAAGAAUAUAAAUGGUAUAAGAGAAUUUAAA